UGGUAUCUCAUAUGCAAUCUUGUGUUGUCGUCUUCUUCAGUCUCCCCUAAACCCAAAUGCCCACCAUUAAUCUCCUCUCCUUAUUCUUCUCCUUCUCCCUCUCCCUCUCCCUGCUAUCCACCCCCCACGCCCUACCCCUCUGCAAUUCCUGCCACCGCCUUGUCGGAAACCCUCUCAAAUUCCACCAGUACAACCUAAUAUUCUGGCAAUUCAACCACCAAUCAGAAACCUGGGUCCAACUCACCUUGCCCUACAACCUCCUCUCCUGCAUCAAUGGCGACUGCACACCCGUGGCCUCCAUCCAAGCCCCCCCGACCAUCACAAACGACUCCUCCGAUGAUGGCGACACAACGGACGGUCGAGAUGAUCCCCCUAAAAGACUACCCCUGCACCCUGUAAGAAGAAGGGCUUCUCUUACCAGACUGUCCGAAGCAUCCGUAUGGGUCACCGGUCCGAGCGGCUCCAUAUACGAGAGGUUCUGGAACGGCCUGCAGUGGGUGAUCGCGCCGCACGAGCUCCCCGUGUCCGCAGGCCACGCUGUCUCCGUGUUCAUGGCGAAUCAGAUGAUUCUAGCGCUGUCCGAAUCGGGAGCUCUGUACAAGUUGGAAUUGACUGAGGAAUCACAGCCUGUAUGGGCGGAAUUAGAAAAGGGGAUCGAAAACGAAGAACGUGUGCAAAUCUCGUCAGGAAUUUUAUCAAACGACAAGCAGAGACUGUAUUUCUGUACAAAGAAUGGAACUCUGUUUGAGCUGCUGGGAGUCGAUCCCCUGAGGUGGGAGAAUCACGGUAGACCUCCGGGGACAACCUUGGCCACGGUAGCGGAUGGCGCUGUGUUCAAACCCGGGCUUAUGUUCACUAUCAGUGGUGCAGGGAGUCUAUACGAGUACGAUCCUACGAAGAAACCCGUUUGGAGAAAGCACGUACACCGCGAAGGAGGCACGAACUUGUUAGCGACCAAGGCGUGUAGUUUCUACGGAGUUUUCGGACCUCAUACGGCGUCGCUCUUCCUCUUGACUACGAGCGGCGAAUUGAUCGAGCGGCGUCUAAAUCAAAGGAAAUGGAAAUGGGUCGUCCAUGGAAAUCCAGACGGCGAUCAUCCGUUGACGUCGAUCACCUGCGCUUCGCAAGACGAGAACGCCGCAGCCGCCGCAUUGUUCGCCACGGCCGCGUCUGGGCUCAUGUUCGAGUACCGUAUGCAGAAACCUUCAGGCGAUAACCGAGAAGAUCCAUGGCUGCGCCACGAGCAUCCGUCGCAGGCACCCGUCGCAAGCGGCGUUCCUGGGCUGCAGCUACAGCCCGGUAGGCUCGUCUUUAUGCUCGAUGACGGCCGUCUCGGAGAGCUACAUUUAUCUGGGCACGGAGGCGAAACCGUCGGCCCCAACACGCCGGCCAGCGUCCGUCGAAAGUCGCUGCUGAAGUACGUCUGGUCUGUGCUCGACAGCCCCAUAACUGAGGGAUGGAACGCCGAGUACUGCACCGAACAGCGCGGGCCGUCGAAUUGCAUCGCGGGGACGAAAGGCGAAACGUCGAGUUCGAACCGGGGGAAAGACAGCAGAAGAAGCCAGCAGAGUUACUUGCUGCCUGCGGCAGCUCCCGACGAGCACCACGGUGUCGUCGCUGAUGAAGGGAUCGACAAAUUCUUCCGCCUCCGGCUAAUGCAGGAGGGGUCGUCGUUCUUCAUGGUGACGAAAGACGGGUUGAUGUUCGAAUACUUGAGCCACGACGACGCCUGGCUAUGGCUAAGGCACGAGCAUUCAACGAGAAUGAGAAGCGUCGUCGGGAGCUACAACGGCAGCCUGUUUACCGUUGACGAGCACGGUAGUUUGCUUCUUCGAGAACGAACCGCGACGGAUCUGACGUGGACGAACUGCACCGCGAUGCGGAAGGGUCGAGCGGUGGCUAGCGGGCCGCCUUGGGAUAGCGGGAUUCCCGGACGUAUGUCGAGCGCGAAGCUGGAAGACUCGAUUUUCUUCGUGAGCAGAACGGGGAGACUCUUACAAUUCAAGGUGGCGAUGAGGAAGUUCAAGUGGAAGGAUUGCAAGAAACCGGCGGGGGUGAAGAUCGUGAGCAUCGUCGAUCAAGAGAGGUUCCGGGAGAAUGUGGUGUUUGUCGUCGGGAGGAACGGUCGACUCUACCAAUACAACAAGGUGACGGAGAUUUGGCACGAGCAUUUUCAAUCGCAACACCUCGUUUUGGCGGGGUCGCCGGGGACGGCAAUGAGGCCGGGUGUGGAAUCGCUAGGGGGUUCGAUAUUCAUGAUAUCGAAAGACGGCGGGCUCGUGGAGUACGAGUGGAGCUCGACGGACGGAUGGGAGUGGGUAGAGCAUGGAACGCCGCAUACUAGUAAUGCGACGCUUGUUGGCGCGCCGGGGCCGGGAUUUGGAGGGAAUCAAGUGUUUUUGGUCGGGUCGGACGGGAAUGUUUACCUGAGGUUAUUCGACGACGGGGAGUGGAAAUGGAGGAACUAUGGAUUUCCUAAGAAUGUCGGGGAGAAAGGAGACGAAGAAAGAUGUGAGGAGAAAGAAUACGCCGAUGGCUUUGAGAAUGCCGGAGAAAAUAUCGAAAAUAUCUCCGGCGACAAUGUUUGCGACCCGAAGGUUUCUUCUACGAGAGCAAUCGCAUAUUCUGACAACACGGCCGUGUUCGAGCUAGAAGACGGCAGGUUAGCAGAGAUGAGAAGAAAUGGGGACAAGAAUUGGGAAUGGUCGCGGAUUAUCGGCACUCCGACGAGCCGAUGCUCGGCUAAUUUUUGGACAUCGUGGGCAUCUUAACCUGAAGUCGUGACUGUAAGAUUAUGAAUUUAAAUAUCCGAAAUAUUUAUUUUAGUCUGAAUAUAAAUACAUACAUAGGAGAACAAGAAAACACACAUAUGUAGUUGUAGAUGUAGAUAGAAAUACACAUGUACGAUGUAUGUAUUGUAGGGUACAUCUAUAGUCUAAACAUUAGUAUUAUGUUAUGUUGAACAAUAAAUAAAAUUGAAAUCUCGAUUAUCCAUA